AGAUAUAUAUAUAUAUAUAUUCGUCAUUACACAUUAUAUUAUUACAAAUUGUUUGGGGACAAUCGCACAGUUAGGUGGGAUGGAUGCAGAGAUUGAAUUGGAAGAAGAGUUUACUUCUGCUGCCGCUGCUGGUGUCCCACAAAUCACCUCAGUUGCAAAUUUCAACUAUGCUUUGGUAGCUCUUCUCUUCUUUGUCAUAUCCUAUUUCCUAUGGAAAUUUUUCCAUUCUCAAAGUACACAUUCUACGGCACAUCAGUCAUCAGCACAGAAUGAUGCUCAUCGUAAAGCUAUGGAAAAUGCAAGAGCUAAACUCCAAGAAGAACUCAAUGCUCAAAUUGCUCAAUACAAAUCUAAGAAACAAGAAGAAGAUGAAAUUAAAGCAAGAGAAAAAGCAGAAAAAUUAGCGAAAUACAUGACGAGUAAUGGAACUUCACAAAAAUCUACUGACGAUGAUAAGAAGAAACGAUUACGACCGAAUGAUUAUAAUCCGUUAGCUGGAGAUUCAGGGACAACCUAUCGGCCAACUUCAAGAUUCUGUUCACGUGGAGGAUGACGUUAACUUUUCCUGGGAAACAUAGACUCUCACAAAAUUCAGACACACCAUCCAAUAAUAGUUGGUGCGUGUGUGUGUCUGUUUGACUGAGUAUCACUCAACCCUCUAAUCAUCCCUCUCUUCACUUACAACAACAGCAACAAGAUCAUCAUCACCAUCAUUUUCCGAAGCAACACACAUACACAAUUUCCAAAACAAAAAUAAUGACGCUGUUUAUUCGAAAUUGGUAUCCAGUGCCAAGAAUAACAGCUGAUGACGUCCAGUAUGUGUGUAUGUGUGUGCAUGCGUGAGUGCGUCUAUGUUCACUCUCUCGGUUCUCUUGAUUAUUUCUUUGUGGAGAGAGAAUAUAUAUACUUAACACUGAUCACUUACUUGUUUGU